AUGGGAAAUAUAGCCUUACCAGGAUUCAUGAAAUGCUGCAAGAAAAAAUCGACACAAACUAAUGAUGAUGUGAGUGUGACAAGCAAUAACGGAAAUGUAGAACGUGAGUUUUGGUCUAGUAAAACGGACUACCUCCUAUCUUUGGUGGGCUACGCUGUGGGACUCGGAAAUGUUUGGAGAUUUCCAUACCUUGCGUUCAAACAUGGCGGAGGUGCAUUUCUGAUCCCUUACAUAAUUAUGCUGGCUCUGGCAGGCCUACCAUUAUUGUUUCUGGAAUGCUCACUGGGACAAUUUGCUAGUCUGGGCCCUAUAGAAGUGUGGAGGAUUGCACCACUGUUCCAAGGUGUGGGUGUUACUAUGGUGCUGAUAUCAACUCUAGUGUCGAUUUACUACAAUGUGAUUAUUGCCUACAGUCUGUUUUAUUUAUUUGCAUCAUUUCGGAGUUACCUGCCCUGGUCUGAAUGCUUUGAGUGGGCAGAUAGUAAUUGUUGCAGCGGAUUAAGUGGUUUACGCAAUGUAACACUGGAUAAUGCUACAGUAACAAUGAAUGUGUCAUGGAUACACGAACACAAUCUCACCUGCUCCAAUGACAACACCACGGAACUACCAAGCAAACAAUACUGGGAUAAAGUGGCUCUGAAGCGGUCAGGUGGCAUGGACGAGACAGGUCAGAUAGUUUGGCACUUAGCCCUCUGUCUGCUACUAGCAUGGAUUAUAACUGUUGCUGCCCUGGUGAAAGGAAUACAAUCUUCUGGAAAGGUAGUAUAUUUCACAGCGCUGUUCCCCUAUGCUGUCCUAAUUAUCCUUCUUAUCAGAGGAGCUACUUUGGAAGGAGCAAAAGAUGGCAUUGAAUACUAUAUUGGCCAGCAGUCAGACAUUACAAAGCUCAACAAUGGAGAGGUCUGGAGAGAUGCCGCUACCCAAAUAUUUUAUUCCCUUAACACGGCUUGGGGAGGACUGAUUGCCCUCUCAUCUUACAAUAAAUUCCACAACAACUGUUACUGGGACUCCAUUGUAGUCUCCAUUGUGAAUUUCUUGACCAGCAUCAUUGCAGGAUUUGCCAUCUUCUCCAUCCUCGGGCACAUGGCCUUGGUGUCAGGGAAAAAGGUUUCUGAUGUGGUGGAUGAAGGAUUUGGACUGGCAUUUAUUGCAUAUCCUGAUGCCCUGGCAAAACUGCCAGUGUCUCCGCUCUGGUCUAUUCUAUUCUUCUGCAUGCUCCUGACUUUAGGACUUGACUCACAGUUUGCAUUAAUAGAGACUCUCACUACAACAAUACAAGAUGUGUUUCCAAAAUUUAUGAAAAAAAUGAGGAUUCCCCUUACAGCCGCCAUAUGUUCUGUGUUAUUCUUACUUGGACUCCCAUGUGUUACUCAGGCAGGAAUAUACUGGGUAAAUCUCAUUGACUCAUUCUGUGGGGGAUGGGCUCUACUAUUUGCUGCUGUUUUGGAAUUAGUGGCGGUGAUCUGGGUAUAUGGUGGCAAUAGGGUAAUCCUGGAUAUAGAGAUGAUGAUUGGAAAGAAGCACUGGAUAUUCUGGCUGUGGUGGAGAGCGUGCUGGUAUUUUGUAUCUCCUGUAUUACUAGCAGUCAUUUUAGUUUGGUCUUUGAUCACAUAUGAGGCCUCUACAUAUGGUGGUGUAGUGUACCCUAAAUGGGCUAUAAUACUUGGAUUUUUUAUGGUUGUGUUCUGCCUGAUAUGGAUUCCCAUUAUUGCUGUUGUAAAGAUCAUUCAGGCUCCAGGAAACAUUUUGCAGCGUAUAGCAAGUUGUUGUAGACCAACUGAAAGCUGGGGUCCUGCUCUGCCGAAAAAUCGUGGUGAGAGGUACCAACAUAUGAAAGACGAAACUAUAAAGGAGGACGCCAAAGGGGUUGAAAUUCCAGACAUUACAGGCAAUGAUAACUCUUCCUUUCAGGCAGAAUGAAAAUAAUGUAAUUUAUCUAUACACUGAGUUACAACUGUGGUACUUUCCUGGAAAAUCUGUAGUAUCUCAAUGGUUAAGGUGAAUGACUGUGAGAUACAUACUAAAGACCUUGGUUCAAAAACUAUUGCCAGUCAAGUGUAGCUAUGCACACGUCACUUUCAAACCGUGCCUGAAAACUUUUUUGUUUAAAAAAAUU